AUGGCUCAGGUCUACGACCACUUGAAUCAGAAUAGCUCUUUUCCUCAAGAUAAUAUACUGAAUCUGGUUAAUGAGCGACUUCUCAAGCCGACAGAUCAGCAGCAAACCAGCAAGCUCAAAAAUUACUUCCUGGGCUACAAGGAAUGUUUGGACACACCACCAUCUCCAGCACUUUCGGAUCAAGAUCAAUUAUUUUCAUACCUCGAACAGGGUGAAGAGAGCAGCACGAAUUUCGACAAAGUUCCCGCCCUUCCCCCUUCUUGUAGAGUACUACUUCAAAACCCACCAGAGGUGGAAUCUCAAGUCAAUUUUGGGAGGAACAACAAGUCAAGAUCACAUUCCCAAAAUGAGCCCGAACGCAGAAAAGGAAGCCGUGGAACUGAGCGGAAGGGAAAACGAGGAUGUACGAGGAGCGACGCCUUCAAGGCUAGUAGAGUUGUGAAAGAAUACUGUCAAAGCACUCAUCAUAUGGAAACACGGUCACGCACUGGUGCUUCAAUGGGCCUUCUUGUCAUCGAAAAUGAUCGCGGGUAUCAUGAUCAACAUGGUGGAAGUAUCAACCUCACUCAACGUGGUCAUACCAUCACCUCCACGACACAGAAGGAGACUUAUUUCAAUAAAGACUCCUUCCGAUCGACACCUCUCGGCGUCACGAGAGCUAGAAGAACGAAUGCGAGACGACAUCACCCACGCCGAGCCAGCGAAGUGCAACUGGAAGGUUUACGAAAGACCCGUAACAGCAAAGGAAGGGUUCUCCAUGUUCUUAUGCCACCUCAGUCAGGGUGGGAUCUAAGUGGCCAAUCAUGCCUUACAUCUCCAAAUUCCAUGGAAAGCAUGAAUGAAUCCACAUGUGAAGGCCAUAUUUCCUUUGGAUCGCCAACACUUUCGGCCUAG